AUGCUUCUUAUACCUUUCGCUCUUAUGUUCUCACUGGCUUCUCCUGUUCCAGGCUACACAGUCAGUACUCUGGAGGCUCGGGCUCUCAACCCUCAAUGCGCUCCUGGUGGAAAUUUCGACUUUUCCACCUGGGAACUCCAGCUCCCUAUUGGGAAUCCGGGCAGCCCAACAACGAUUUCCAGCUCAGGCCUCGAAGGCUGCUCUGGAUACCAAGAUCCCGGACAUGAUUACUUCUUCACGGAGAGUGGAGAUGGUGCUUUGGUCUUGAAGGUCCCUGGUUCACCCUCUUCCUCUGGAUGCGUAACAACCCCAAACACCAAAUUCUGUCGGACAGAGCUUCGAGAGCAGAAUCCGUCCAGCUGGGACCCAAGAGCCGCAAAAAACCGACUGAGUGCUACGGUCUCUGUGCCCAAGCCUGAUAAUAGCAAGCACGGCACAGUCGUUGGCCAGAUCCACAUGGAUGCAAGCGUAUCAAGCUUCCCAGUGGCAAAACUGUACUAUAAAUCCAACGGUGACAUCUCAAUCGGGGUGCAUAAAUCGCGUUCAGGCGGCACUGAAUACUACACCUCAAUUGGAAAUAUUCCUGUGGGCAAGACGUUCAGCUACGAAAUUCGAUAUGAAAAUAGUACCCUAUCCCUCGGUAUCAAUGGUGGUGCUUUGAAGGAAGUGAGUUUGGGCAAUUUAAACCCACCCUCGAGUUAUUUUAAGGCCGGAAACUAUAACCAGGGAGAUACUCCGUCAGAAGUGCAUUUCUUCGAAAUUUCUGUGCAGCAUUGA